AUGUGUUCAAUUCCUGGUUUGCCAAAGGCUGGAUCAGAUAUUACUGUUCAUCUCACAAGAGUAAACAUAAACCCUCACAGUGUCUUUGUGGAAUUUGGAGGAAAUUUAAAUAAUGGACAAGAGACCAGAGAUGUGACUCAAGUCAAUAAACUGAAAGAGAUUGGAGUUCCUAGCAUGAAACAACAUAAUUUUGAAGGUGAUCCUGGUGAUGUAUGUCUUGCAUAUGAAGACAAAACUUGGCAUAGAGCAAGGAUAUUGUCCAGGUAUGAACAUGAUUACUAUGUAUUCUUAAUUGAUGAUGGAAAAUCACUUUGGGCAUCUAGCAAAAAUUUGGCAAAUUGUCCACACAACCUUUGCAGUGUACCUCCUAAUGUUGAGCUUUGUAUAUUGACCGGUGUAUCACCUCUGUGUCUUGAGGGCACAUGGUCUCAGGCUGCUUCAAAGUUUAUCAGAUCCUUGUGUGGGAAAAGCAUUUCUGGGCAUGUUCAGGAUGUGCUGACACCUAACAGGAUCAUCCUCCUUGACAUUCCAAUUGUAUCUAAACAAAUGUAUGAACUUGGAUUUGCCAGAAAGAUGCCUAAUAAGGACUUUAAAAACCUUGUAACCAGUUCACUACUUUCACCAAAAGGAAAUGCUUCUGAAUGUGCACAAACAGAUUUUGCCAUGACAAAUGUUCAAAAUGAGCAUGCCAAUGACCCUGACAAGUUGCAUCAAUACUUGUACCCAGAGUUGUUGCCUGGAACAGUUGAAAUUGUAACCGUAACACAGGUAAUUCAUCCAUUGAAAAUGUUUUGCAAAUUGCAUGUCUUUUCCCAAGAGCUCAAGAAAUUAAGUGAACAGCUCCACAAAUACUAUGAAGGUGCCUUUCCUACUCUGAUGCCAACAAAACUGUCUGAUGGGUCACCAUGUGCAACCAAAGGAAGUGAUGGCAAGUGGUAUCGAUCUGUACUUCAGCAGAACACUUUCUCUGAUGUUGUCAAGGUCUUUCAUGUUGAUUAUGGAAUUGGAGAUUUUGUUAAACUCUGCAAUAUCAGAACUUUGUCUGCAAGGUUCUUCCAGUUGCCAGUCGUAACCUAUGCAUGUUCUCUGCAUGGUAUCAUGGACAAAGGCAUUGGAUGGCGGACCGAACAGAUUGAUUAUCUGAAAUCUAUAGUGCGGGAUCAAAUCUUCAUUGGAAAAUUUGAGCAUCACAGUCUGUGCAAGGAUGUCUAUGAUGUUAUGCUUUUUGGAAAUGACAAUAUGAAUGUGAACAACACUUUUGGCCACAAACAGAAAUGUUUGUCUGUGACAGAGGGGACUUCUGCUGACAAAACUCUUGAGACCCUAAACAAAGUCACAUACCAUCAUAUAAGUGACAGAAAUAAUGUGCCAGUUGGUUCUCUGAACACAAUUGCUUUAACAGGUUGUUCUGAUUCUCUUGAGGAUGUCAUUGUACCCUCUAGAACUGAAGCUAACCAAGGAACCACAGAGCGAUUACAUUCACUGAAAAGUGCUGCUGCACGUUCCCCUAUUCAGAGUGAUUCAUAUAUUGUUUCACCUCCUAAAAUUGAAGUAGGCACCAAGGAGAAGGUACAGAUAACUUGUGUUCAAAGUGUAAAUAAAUUCUAUGGACAUUUUGUACAAAAUACUGAAAUGGUUAAGAAAAUAACCAAAGAAAUCCAACAACUGUGCUGUAGGAGACUGCAAGCAAACUUUUCAGUUUCCCCCAAGAUGAUGUGUCUUGCCAGAUAUACUGAUGGCCAGUGGCACAGAGGACAAAUUGAAUUGACCCAUCCAAAAAUCCUUGUCCACUUUGUAGAUUAUGGUGAUCUGGUGACUUUGGAUAAAUCUGAAAUUGUACCGAUUACUCACAAAUUCGAUCCAAUAAUGUCCAUUCCUAUUCAGGCUGUUCAGUUCAAACUUUUCAAUGUAUUGUUACCAAAGUCAUGUGAACUUAAUGAGUGGUUUAAAAACUAUGUAACUGACUGCAUGUUCAGUGUCAUUGUGAUGAAACAAAAUCCUUCAGGCAAACUGUCAGUGGAGAUGUAUGAUGAAACCAUAAACCUCAAUUCAAAACUGAGAGAGAGAUUAAACAAGACUAACAGAAAAGGGUGCAAUAUCAAGGGAACAGACGAGACUCCGAAGGCGACUUCAGAAGGCAUGGAGACUAGAGGGGUGAGAUAUGGUUUAAGGGCUACAUUACAAGCACAAGAGAAGAUCAGUAGGACCGUUUCGAAACCAGUUGUUCAAUGCACAUUGAAGCAAAAUGGCAGCUACCAUACCAUCAAAGAUCAUUCAAAUGGACACAAUAAAGCUAGGCCUAGGCAACAAGUGGAUGAGCGGCAACAAGGGAUUUGCUGUUAUCCAAAGCUGAUAGAUCUUCCUUCAAGAGCCUUCGAUGCAGGAUAUGUUUCGGACAUAUAUCUUUCACACUGUAACAGUCCAUCAAGUUUCUUUGUACAAUUGACAAGUGAUGAAGAUGCAGUAUUUUCCCUUCUUGAAAAACUUAAUAGUUCUCAGUUAAAUGAGGCUCAAGUUGACCUAAACUCAUUGCAGCCAGGUGAUGUGGUGAAAGCAGAAUAUUCUGCUGAUGGAGCCUGGUAUCGUGCUGUUGUUCAAAGCAAAAGAGAUGGCAUGGUUCAAGUGCAGUUUAUUGACUUUGGGAACGAGGCAACACUUGGACCUCUUAAAAUAAGGCAACUUGGCAAGCAGUUUCUCAACACUCCCAGGCUCAGUAUUCAUUGCUCACUUGAGGACGAUAAGACUGGAGGAAGCAGAGAUUGGACCAAGGAAGAGAUAAUGGCUUUCAAAAAGGCAGCUGGUGAAAAUGGUGAGAAGAAAAUUCUUUGCAAGUUAAUCCGAGAGAAUACAUCAGCUUGGCUGGUCAGUUUAGAAUGCCAGGGUGUUGUUUUGAAAGGACCAUUGUUUAAUGUGAGCAAUGCUCUCAAACCGAGAGCUCAGACUGAAUCACCAAUUUGCUGUACUGAAGAUACCCAUCCGAUAUCAUUCAAGGAACCAGCUGUAACCCAAGGACAAAUUGUAGAAGUGUAUGCUUCAUCUAUUUUUGGGCCAAACCAUUUCUGGUGCCAGUUCAAAAACUCAGCAGAACUUGACAAUAUUUCUCUGAUUGCCCAAGAAAUUGGUAACUCUACUAUGACAAAACCAAUUCAACCAGAUCAGUUAUGUCCAGGUGACCUAUGUCUGGCACGCUUCUCUGACAAGCUGUGGUACCGGGCACAGGUUAUUAAAAAAUGUGCUAAUACGGUCUCUGUUGUUUUCAUAGAUUAUGGAAACGAGUCUGAAAUUGACCCAAACUCUGUUAAGAGCCUGUCCCCUAAACUACUGGAUAGCCUACCUCAAGCAUUUCUUUGUCAGUUAGGGGGAUUCAAAACCACAGAAGGUACUUGGAGCGACGAUGCAGCUGAUACAUUUUUUGAGCUAUUGGUGGAUGACCUUUUAAAAGUGACCAUUCAGAAUAAAGCAAAGUCCUCCAAUAUUCCUCACAUUCCUCAGUACAUCACACUUGUUGAAUGUCAAGGGCUUGUUGUUAAUGAGUUCCUUAAAGAUUAUUGGUCUUACUCCAAGCCUCAGGACUGUAGCCAAGCAACAGCUGACACUACAACAAAACCCACUGCAGGAAAGAACACUUUUGGAGACAAAAAGCUAGUAAUGCACCCUGAAACUGUCAAGACCGAUAUAGUAACCCCCAAGCACACACCAAUGGAUCCUAAACUAUCAGCGCAGGAUUUACCUCAAGCAGCAAAUCUUCCUCCACAUGUCAUAGAACCAGGGGCUGUGUCUGAAGUUUAUAUUUCACAUAUCAAUAGCCUAACAAGUUUUUUUGUGCAAUUGGCAGAGAAUGAGAAUACGUUGUUCUCUCUCAAUGAACGAUUAAAUUUCCCUCAAUCAUCUGAGGAAGAUGUAGUUCAAGCAAGCAGCAUUCAGCAUGGCAGUUUGGUGAAGGCUAUGUUUCCUGACGAUGAGUCCUGGUAUCGUGCUGUUGUGAAGGACAUGCCUGGAAAUGGCAUGGUUAAGGUAGAAUUUAUAGAUUUUGGAAAUGAGGCAACCGUUUCUCCACUUCAAAUUUGCAGACUUGAUGAGUGGCUACUGUCAUACCCAAGGUUCAGCAUUCAUUGCAGCUCCAAUAUGGAUGAUCGAUUCAAAGGACAGGGAUUGGAGGAGAUAUUUCUCUUAAAAAAACUAUUUGGUGAAGCAGGUGAGAACAAACUUUCUUGCAAGUUUAUUAAAGAAGCUAUCACCACUUGGGAAGUUAACAUGUCUCUCAAGGGCAGCACAUCAGACUCCUCACUGAGUGAAAAAUGGGACAAUUUAGACUUCGAGACAUUACACAGCCACUCUCCAAUGCAAAUGCUGUCUCAAGUGGUAGUUUCCACACCUGUGAAAGAUACAUUCCAACUGCUGUUCAAGAGACCAGAGGUGUCUUUGGGACAGACGGUGGAAGCUUUUGCCUCGUGUAUUGUUGGACCUAAUUAUUUUUGGUGUCAGUUUGCAAACUCUGAAAAACUUGACCAAAUCACCAUUAUUGCUGAUGAAUAUGGAAACUCUAGUGAGACCAAGCCAAUACAGAUGGAUCAAUUGGACCUUGGAAGCCCAUGCUUGGCUCGAUUCUCUGACGACCAGAUGUGGUAUCGUGCACGGGUUAUUAAUAAAUGCACAGAUACGAUAUCUGUCCUUUUUGUUGAUUAUGGAAAUGAGUCUGAAAUCAAUGAAAGCUCCGUUAAAACACUGCCCUGUAACCUCCUAGAAAGUCCACCUCAAGCAUUUCUGUGCCGGUUGGAAGGAUUUGGACCCUCAGAGGGUUCGUGGGACGGUACUGCUGCUGAUAACUUGUAUGAGCUUCUAGCAGAUAAACCUCUGAAAGUUACCAUUCAGUGCAUUGACAAUACAGUGGAUGCCAACAGCCCUCCAUAUUAUGUUUCAGUUGAAACCCAGCAAUGUCUUGUGAAUGAGGUUAUGAAAACCUUUUGGGGUGCUUCUGUACAUCAUGAUCCGAUCUCUGCUGAGGUGAUUGACUCUUUUGCAUCAACUUCUGAAGAUCAUCCUGUUUCAGAGGAUAAAUCAAGAAGGGUGAGCCUUGAGAGCUCUACAGAAGAUAAUCAGACUAGUGAACCACAUUGUGUUUCUCAACUUGGAGCUGAUCAACUUGAAGGAUUGUUGGUAAAUGGUGACUUGCAUGGGGUUCCUGAAAACAAAGUGGGUGAUCGGCUUGAUGGAACAGAUGUGAUUCCCUUAACAAAUUCUGAUGAUCCUACACAGAAGAAUUUGCUUUUAGAAAACCACAGCAGUUCUCAUGAAUCCACUGAUGGAGUUGCUGUUGAAUCAGCUGAGCAGAAAUUGCUUCACAUAGAGGAAAAUAGACAAGGCAUGGAAGAUGCUAGAUGUGAAAAAGAAAUCCCCAUGACGAAGAGUGGAAGUGCAUCUUGGGCAGCUAGUUUAGAAAAUCCGGUACUGCCCUUGGUUUGUUCUGAAGACUCAUGUUACCCUACUAAGUGCAUCUUCAAAUGA